UGUUGAAUUAUAUUAGGAUAGUAGGAUAUGUUUCAAAAUUCAUGUUAACUUAAAAUCUAGUCUAUUGUUGCACAAACACUUACACAGAAAACAAACAAAAAAAAAACGUUUAUAAAAAAUAGCUAAAAAUCAAAAAAAAUUAAUUAAACUUUAAGACACAUAAAUGGAACAAUUAACACAGGAUCAAUUGGAUUGCUUUCAGGAGCUGUUUGACGUUGUCAAUAAGGACGGCGAUGGCAGCAUCACCUCCAAGGAGCUAGAGGUGAUGCUAAGAGCAUUGGGUGGCACGCCCAGAGAGAGCGAGGUGCAGGAUAUGAUCAAUGAGGCGGACAGUGAUGGCAAUGGAACCCUUGAGAUUGAUGAAUUUGUCGAGGCGCUCUUGAGAAAAAUGACUGUCAGUGCCAGUAUUGAAGAGUUGCGAGAGGCAUUCUUCAUUUUCGACAAGGAUAAGAAUGGUUUCAUAUCGUCAGCGGAGUUGCGCACACUCUAUAUAAGCCUGGGCAUGCAAAUGUGCGAUGAGGAUAUUGACGAGAUGAUCCGCGAGGCAGAUCUUGAUAUGGAUGGGGUCGUGACAUUGGAUGAGUUCAUUUACAUGAUGACAACCCCUUCGUAUAAAUAGUUUAUAUGAAAAACUAUGGCCGUGCAACAGAUGAUCCUUUAUAUGUGGCAUACGUUUAGGGCCAAUUUCUCAAUAAGCGAUCGUUGAAUUAAAUUCCAAUCGAAUAUUGACAAGUUCGCUCUAAAUAUCUAAAAUAACAAAACAAAUACUUUUUUAAUUGCAAAUUCUUUGUAUUAACCUAGGCACUUAUAUAAGUCCUACGAAUUCUGAAUAAACGUGGGAUAAUUUGAGAAUUUUA